AUGACGCGUGAAUGCGUGAUCGCGUUUGAUGGAGAUACCGCAUUUGUCCCUCUCAAUACUAUGUCCGACCUUGCACGGACGUCGUCUCCGCUCUCCUCCUCUCCUGGUCGGGGUGAGACUUUUGAGCGUCCGACAUGGCCUUGGCAGUCAAGAUAUUCGAGCAGCCGCCGUUCGAGCUCCCUGUCUACCUCCGGUCUCCAAGCAACUUGGGACCCUGCCUCGCCUGCAUCUUCUGCCCGACCGGCAAGCUCAACAAGCUCAAGCAGCCACUCGGGUUGGCAGUCAACAUCGACAAUGCGGAACAUGUCUGGGUCCACUAUUGGAUUUGGCCCCCCAGGCCAGCAGCAAGAUGAAAACAUCCGCCAGUGGUCGUUCAUGGGUUUCGAAUGGGCGGUUCGUGAUGUCCACAAGCUGAGAGAUUUUGUCGAAGGCAUCGCUGAAACUGAAGAUGGAGUCGAAUUGGAACCCGAGAGCUUUGAGAUCCUCAAGCAGGCGCCAUUAAUUGGCGACGACAAAUUCAAGCUCGAAAUCGCUCGUGCCACUGUUGGCGAAACCUCCAUGGCCAAACCCGCCUCCCUGACACUCUACAUAACCUCUCUCCUCGACUUUGCGCACAAUCUCAACUACGAAAUGAGCGCAAGCAUAAUGGUCGCUGUAAAAUGCCAGGACGACCGCGUUGGUGCUCGCACAGAAUGGGCAUGGGAAUUUUGGCACAACGACUGGAUAUUCCGUCACGAGUCUGAAGUCUGGGACUGCAGCCUCCCACCCAUAUCGGCGCUGCUGGAGAAUCCUCGUAUCCGCGAGACAGACUCGUUCACUGUUUGUGUUCAGAUCCAUUGUCCACUUGGGCCAUUCUUUCCACAGCAGCCGACUGCAUAUUACGUUCCGCGCGACUUGCUUGACGGGUUGGAGGCAUCUCUAGACAACCCCAAUACAGGAGAUGUGCGAUUUGUCUGUUUGGAACGGAUGACCAACGAAUCCGAUGGGCCAGCCACACCGUUAUCAGACAGUGCGGCAAGUUUAAGACGACCUUCAUCUUCAACGUCCUCACAUUCGCCCUUUUCGACCCACACGACUGCUCGGAAACGAGUGAUAUAUGCACAUUCCGAUAUUCUCACCCGUCGUUCCGAGUAUUUUGCUACAAUGCUUUCUUCCUCUUUCGCGGAAACAAAAAUGAUUCCCGGAGAAAGGAAAUUGUACACCAUUGUCGUUGAAGAAGCCGAUUUCGAAACGAUGUACUGGCUUUUGAAGUAUUGCUAUGCCAACUGGCUGCACUUCAAAGACAACGAUGAUCCUCGAAUAGCGGUUGAGGGAAUCGGUGCAGGUUGGAGUGCGCGUUGGCUUAGUGCACGAGGAGGCGAGUGGGAUUGGAAAACUUUUGCAAAGCUUCCUGGAGACGAUAGCACCAUAGCUGAUGCCAGGAGUGUGGCCAGUGCGGAGAGCGCUACCCCGGAAGCAAAUGUUUCUGGCAACGGCAAGAGUAAAUCAUUUGCGGCGGACUCUACACCGUCAUCUUCAGCUUCUCGGUCCUCUCCUCAGAGCUCGCGCCCACAACCAAAGACAACGUCCAAUGCAACAAGCACUGGGGCUUCCCGUCAAGUACCUCCAACAACAACUUCCGCCACUCGUCGGCCAACUCAGCCGAUCACAGUUACUUCCAGCAGCGGAAUCUCGCGCACAAAGCCAGUUCCUCUGUCCGCCAACUCGGCGACUUACUCUGCCGGCCAUUAUCCAAUAUCCCCCCGAAAUGCUCGCCCCCAUCAAUCUUCCAUUGUCCCAGCGGCGGACCCUCAUCCACACCCAACACCCGCUCCACCACCCGCUUCCGCUUUGUCGGUAUACCAAGUCGCCCAUCGCUAUGCCAUGCCAGCUUUAGCGUCACUGGCCUUGGAUCAUAUGAUGUCCACAAUCACACCCAGUUCCGCCUUCGGGCUCUUGCUUGCAACAUCAGUUUGGGACGAGCUGCGUUCAUUAGUGGAGGAUUAUGUUGUUGAGAAGUGGGACGAUGUCUCGACUUGUGCGGAGUUUGAGCUUUGUUGUCGCGAGGUCUCCGCCGGAGAAUGGGGUCCCGAGGGAGGGAAGACACUGAUGAAUUUGUUCAGACGAUUGAGAUCUCCAACGAAUCCACUGUACACUCGUUCAUAG